UGACCAAUGACCAAUGACGAAGCCAUGAAAUGUCAGUAGUCAGCUUGUGACAGUUGAUUGUGUUUUAGAAUCAAAGAAAAUCUAUAAAUUUUUAAUUUGCUUUUUAUAAUUGCUAUAAUUUUUUAGCAAAAAUAAAUAUUUAAAGUGUUUUACUCUAGUGUUUUAUUAAAUUUAUCACAAUGGUGCAACAAUAUCAAUCGCCUGUUAGGGUUUAUAAACACCCUUUUCCACUUGUCAUGAUGGCCUAUGAACGACGUUUUCCGACUUGUCCACAAAUUCCAGUUUUUAUCGGUUGUGAAGUAACUUUAGAGGAAGAGAGUCCUUGCGGUUCAGUGAGAACGACAGAGCGAAGGUGCAAAUUAAAUGUAGACGCACCUUAUAUUUUAAAGAAGAUAAUAGGCGUAGACUUUAUAUAUUUUAUUCAAAGAAACGUAUUGAACCGUCACAGCAGUAUUUUAGAAAUUGAGGCUUACAAUGAAAGUUUUGCAUCGAGAGUGACUGUUUUAGAAAAAUGUCGAUACUUUGUUCAUCCAGAAAAUCCCGAAUGGACAUGUUUCGAACAAACAGCGAGUCUUGAUAUUAAAAAUUUUUUCGGUUUUGAAAGUUCCAUGGAAAAAUUGGCAAUGAAACAAUAUGCGCAGAAUAUUGCAAAGGGAAAAGAGAUUAUAGAAUUUUUCAUCAAUCAAUUGGAAGAAGAUGGCAUCACUUAUGUCGCGCCCUGGGUACCAACAGAGAAAGAACCUUCACUUAAGGAUGAAAAUUCAUGUGUCGAGGAGGUAAAGAAACAAAGUCCUCUGAAGGAAUCGUGCAAUAAUGAAACAAAAUUGCCAAACUCUCGAGAUAUGCAAAUGUCAUCGGAUUAUAUUGAGAGAUAUUUGGGAAAAUUGGAUAUGAUGCAGGAGAGUCGAUUAGUACAAUUGAGACACAGUAUUAAAGAAUUGAGAGGUAGCUCUGUGCCUGGCGAUGCAACGUUACUUCGUUUUUUGCGCGCCAGUGAAUUUUCCGUGGAGAAAUCUAAAGAAAUGUUAACACAAUCCCUUCACUGGAGGAAGAAAUAUCAAAUAGAUAAACUCUUAGACGAAUAUGAAAUGCCACAAGUUGUUAAAGAUUAUUUUCCCGGUGGUUGGCAUCAUUUUGAUAAAGAAGGCCGUCCGCUAUAUAUCCUCAGAUUAGGACAAAUGGAUGUUAAAGGUUUGCUCAAAUCGAUUGGAGAAGAUGAAUUACUUUUAUUGGCUUUGCAUAUUUGUGAGGAGGGUUUACAAUUGAUGGAGGAGGCGACAAAUGUUAGUGGACAUCCGGUUUCACAGUGGACGCUUCUGAUUGAUUUAGAGGGAUUGAAUAUGCGACAUUUAUGGAGACCGGGAAUUAAGGCUCUCUUACGAAUAAUUGAAAUUGUCGAGGCCAAUUAUCCGGAAACUCUAGGAAGAGUUCUCAUUAUGCGGGCGCCAAGAUGCUUCCCUAUUUUGUGGACACUUAUUAGUACAUUCAUCCAUGAAAAUACAAGGAACAAAUUUAUAUUUUACUGCGGCACUGAUUAUCAAGAACAAGGAGCUGGUGGUCUCGCUGAUUAUAUCGAAGAACAAUAUAUUCCAGAUUUUCUCGGUGGAACAGCGGAGACGUACGUCAUGGAAGGCGGCGUUGUGCCGAAGAGUCUAUACAGAAUGGAUUUGGAAGUACCUAGCAGUGAACAUGAACAUUGUUUAUAUCAAUCGAUUAGUCUUGGUCGUGGUCAAGUGCAUAAUGUUAUUAUACGCUCCAAUGAUCCGGGAGCAGUGCUCACUUGGGAUUUUGAUGUUAUGAGACAUAAUGUGCUUUUUACCGUUUUGCACAAGGCAGUCGAUGAUACAAAUAAUAUUUCUGGAACACUCACUGUACCAUCGCAAAUUGAACACGAAAUUGGAAACAAGGAAUGGAAAGAGGGAAUCAAUUGUGUAAAAGUCGAGCCCAGCAUCACUUGUCAUGAUGGAGAAAGCAUUCAGGGAACUCAUAUAAUGCAAGAACCUGGCACCUACAUUCUACAGUGGCAAAACUCCGAGGAAGAAGAAUUCUUGCCAUCAAUUAAUUUCCAUAAAGCCCAAUUGAUGUACUUUUAUGAAACUUUACCAUCAUCACAUUACAGAGGAUCAAUGAUGAGUCUUCAAUCUGCCGUUAGCGGUAGGUCUGUUGCAAGUUCCUCAUUAUCAAGAUGAGAAGUAAAUACCUCUGCAAGUGCAGAGAAAUCAGAUGAUCUGGACCAUGACUGACCUGACGUACACGCAAAAUGACAAAUAAUAAUAAUAAUAAUAAUAAUACUAAUUCAAUCACAAAAAACUAGGGGAAAAUUUUUCAAAUGCAAGAAUAACUUUUUUCUUUUUGAAUCAAGUUUACUUGAUAAUAUCUGAGAAUUUCAAAAAAGAAUAUUCGAAAAUAAUAGCUUUAAUGCUAGUUUAGCCAAUUUUAGAAGAAGAAAUAAAUAUCAAAUAGUCAAAAUCUAAAAGAAUCGUUAAAAAGUCUGUUAAAGUGUAAUAAUGUUGCUAAUACAAAAAAAAUUAUUUUCGUACACUAAAACGGAAUUUAGAGUGAAAAAUGCACUAAAUUUUAUUUCUCAGAAAGAAAUCACUAAUUUAAUUCUUUGCAAAAAAAAAACAA